AUGUUGCGCUUCGGAGGACUCAAGUACAAGAAAUUGAAUAACGCCGGGUACGCGGGCGAAGAGCAGGAGACGCCGCCGUGCGGCCCCACCGAGGGAAAUGGAAAGCUGGAAAAAUCAGUACAUUCCACACCGACGGCGACCACACCAUCGAAGCAGCAGCAACGGCUGCACAAUCAGCUGAAUGGAACCGCAAUGAAAAAUGUCAACACAUCUUCCUCAGAGCAGAAACGGCACCGUAACAACUUCAUGCUCAUAGUUGGCGGUCUGUCAGGGAAAUCACAUCCCGAACCCGACUCGCCCAAAUCGCCUUCCCAUGCUGCCGUCCAACCGUCGUCGCCUUCCUCCAACUUUAAGCUGCUCAGUGGAAAAUUCGCCAUCGACAGCAAGCGAAAGAUCAACUGUAAAACGAGGAUCUACAAGUGCAUCAAGCGUAUCCUGAAGCGGAACUCUUUCCAUGCCGGCACACCGAAGGAGCACCAACCUAGAGGACAACGGACGCCUGCCGCUCUUCGGUCACCGAAUGCCGCUGACUAUCGGGAGAUCAAGUCGCUUCUGGAGAAGCAGCACCGUGAUCUCGAGUACGACGUCAACCUGGCAAAAUGUGUCGAAAAACCUGCCUUUAUCAAGAAGAUCGCGAUCAAUAUGCUACAAAGUGCCGUUUCGGACGAGAAAGAGGAUAGCACAUUGGUGCUGCAUCGUGAACAAACAGCAUCCGUCACCGGAACGAUACAGAGUGACCUCGAGCGGGACCGCGAGUAUCAGCGAUUGCUGGACGAAUGUUGGUACCACGAAAACCUGCCCCGCAGUCUUUCCCUCCAGCUGCUGAUGGAUAAAGUCCCCGGCUGCUUCCUGGUGCGUAAAAGCACCACCCAACCCGACUGUUACGCACUGUCGUUGCGUGUGCCUCCUGGAUCAGGACCACGCAUCGCACACUACCUCAUCGUCCGGACGGCCACCGAUGGGUACAAGAUCAAAGGUUUCCAGAAGGAGUUCAGCUCGCUCCGUGCCCUGAUUGUGCAUCAUUCAGUGAUGCCGGAAGCGCUGCCAGUACCGCUCGCCGUGCCACGUCCCGUGAAUUUGGUGGUCAAGACCAAGUUCGAGGAUGAUUAUGAGACCGUAUUCGAUCUAGCCAAAGCGGUACAGCCCUAG